AGGACUACAUGACCGGAAUCAACACGGUGCAGGCGAAGAAGAAGAGCCAGUUCAAUUAUUACGCGUGAGGCGUUCGGCCUUCGGCGUGGUUUCUCGUGGCACCAUGCCCGCGGGCGACGAGCAGGGCUGGCUCUGGCUCAUGGGGGCAGGAAGUUUCAGCGGAAGUUCAAGGGGAACCGCCGCGCAGAGACAAGCGCGGCGUGUCUCGCAGGUCCGCGCGAGAUUGCCCGGGGGGGGGGGCGGCGCCGGACGCUCUUGCGCGCGGCCCGGCCGCAGGGCCCCAGCGCAGGCCCAGGAGCUGGGUACCCGCCAUGGCGAUGCCGCAGCCGGACUUCAUGCUCGGCACGACCCGCAGCAUGGUGUCGAUGUCUCAGUUCAACGAGCAGAAACAGGACUACGAGAAGAGCCUGGAGGGCCUCAGCCCGGGCAGCGAGGAGUUCCAGGCGGCCAUCAGCGCCUGCCACUCGCGCGGUGCCGAGAGGUGCGCGAAGGUUGCCGCGAUGCACCGCGGCCUCUACGUGAAGGCUGCGCAGUUCAUCGCCUCCAUCCGCGGCGGAACGGGCGACAAGGGCAUUCCCGCGGCCUACAUCGAUGCCCUCUCCGUGUUCACGGACCGGGCGCCGCACAAGAGUAUCGGCGAGGUCGCGCCCGUCCUGAAGGAAGCCAUGAAGCUAGGGAACUGGCCGGCCGGACCGUUGGACGAGACGUGUGCGUUGAGGUCCAUCGAGGAGACGCCCAUCGCCUCUGCCUCGCUGGCUCAGGCGACCGCCCAGCGAGCCGCCCCUGCCGCGCUGCUGGGCGAGGCUGCAGGGAGGGCGUCCGAAGACGAAGCCAGGUGUCGCGUCCCCGCGGCGGUCUUGGUAGUGCCUUGUAGCAUCGCCCGGGAGUUUGCAACGACGCACUUCGGAGCAGCCACGGGCACGCACGUCGCCUGCAUUGUGGACGUGGACGCGGGUGUGCCAGCCCCUCGCCCGGCGUCCGAUUGGGAGCGCGCGCUGCCCGGGCCCCCCUCGGAGCUCUCCGGGAUGCCUGUGGCAUCCCUGCCGAGAGACGUGGGCAGCAUCCGGGCUGGCGCCAGGGUGGUGGGCAGCAGCGGCUACCGUGCGGGAGCCGACGUGCAGCGGGGCUCGCCGGUGCAGCACUACGCGGAGCUGACGGACACCGUGCUGGAUGCCUGCGACUGCGUCUACGUAGGGACCUCGGCGGCCGCCGCGGCCGCCGUCGGCACCGAGAGCUUCGAGGGGACCACGCCCUCCUCGCACGCGGCGCUGGCGCUGCGGGCCCUCCGGGCCGGGAAGCACCUGCUGCUGGAGAAGCCCCUCUGA